AUGGGGGGCGGAUUAUACCGUAAGCCGAGUCGGGAGAAGUUGGAGCUGCAGGCGGAAGGUCACCUGAUCCCCAGAUCCCUCUCCGACAUCAGUGUCCACGUUGGGAUCUCGGAGAACCGGAGGAGCUCCCCGAAACUCAACCUGUUUGACCGCUUUGUGAACUACAGCCGAGCGUCUCUGAACUCCCUGCUGACCGAUAAACCGACCCAACAGAACAUUCUGCUGGAUGAGCCCGACAAGCACACGCUUCUCAUGGAGGAGAUGAGGGGAGAAGAGGACACCUUCCUCUGAUUGGAUGCCAAAGGAUAUCUGGGGCCAAAGGUCACAGAGCGCUACCUAAGAGCCGGGGUCACCGGCCAC